AUGACUAGUAAAUCAAGUAAUUCCAAUAAUGUCGUCGUUACUAGUCCCUCUGGUCCGACACUUGAGGAGCAGCGAAGAAGAUUUAAAAGUACUCAGCUGAAGUUGCAGAUGCUGUCUCGAAAAACAGAAGAUAUUCAGAUUGACGACUACAUAAAAAAGCUUACUCUAGAUAACACUUUCAUUUCUAGAAAAACUGAUAGUAAAUCAGUUGCGCCAAAGGUUAAAGAAAGUUCAUUUCCAACAUGUGAUGCUCGUAUUUCAACUAAAAAUCAGCCUCACCAUUGGGGUCCGGUUUCCAAUCAUUCCUCUGAUGUAUUUUCAACUGAAUCAGGUUUUGAAAAUUCAUCGCAUUUACUUGAUUUACCAGAGGUUGGUUAUUUAAAUCCUACCAGUUCUGUUUCGUCAGUCAAUUCUUUCACUAAACCAACAUGGUUAAGGAAUCUUUCUUCCUUGCCAGCGAUUUAUGGUGAAGCUAUUCGUGCUGCUACCACAAGUCAUGGUCUUGAUAGUUCAGUGAUUUAUGAAAUAUUUCGAUCAUCCAAUUUGAAUACGGAAGUGUUGUACCAUAUAUGGUCACUUACUAGCUGUACUCAACCUGGCUGGUUUACUCCAACUGAAUUAGUGACUGCUUUAGCUCUAAUUGGUUUGGCGCAGCGUAGACAGUGGGAGUUUCGAUCAAAUUCAGUCUCUGAAGCUAUUACUAUCCAAUCACUUUAUGCACAGAUUUACCCACCUGUACCUGUGAUAAGAAUCCCUAACACCAAGAGGCAGUUUAAUUCACCAGAUGGAUCAGUUAGUCAAGAAACAGCUGUCAAUGGGUUGUGGAAUUCAGUGGCUUCAGAUUUUUCGAAAUUCCCAUUCCAACCUCCAGUUGUAGCUUUCUCUACAUUUCUUGACCAUUCAGAUACCAAUGAUACCUUACGUAACCAGUUGUCGCAAACAUUGGUAAAUUCCACUGGACUGCAAAAUUUGGAUCCAAAGACAUCAGAUCAUUCUGUGCAUUUUACUUCUUCAGGACCUUUGGCUACACAUGAUCCUGAAUGGUCAGACUUUACCUCAUUUACUUCCACUCCUGUUGAACCUUCUGACGAUAAUAAUUUGAAAGGUGUUGGAGAAGUUGUUGUUUUGAAUGGUCAAGCAACACCAGUUACCAGUGCAUACAGUUCUUUACUAGAUGAAGAAUUUGGAGAUUUUCAAACUAGUCAUUCCAAUGGUUGUUGUUAUUUAAAACAGUCUAAAACUGUUUUAAAUGGUCUGGAUUCAGUCGAUUUAAAGUGUGAAGUAAAUUCUUCAGAAUCAUUGCGUGAACAAUGGCUGUUCUGUUUAACUGAGUGCUUGAAAGUAUUCAAUGAAUCUCUUUCCGUUUUGUCGUCACUUGACACUAUUAAAGAUCGGAUCGAGUUUGCAGAAAGUGAAGAAGGAGCAAAUUUCUUAUUGGAUAUUACUGAAAUCUAUCUGAUGGCUAGACGAAUCAACCUGUCAGCUAGAAAGUACAGUGUUCUCAAUCCAUCUAUGCAACAAGAAUUUUCAGAUAUCGAAAAUUUAUUCCAUGAGUUAUCAUCGUUUGCUGUUACCAGUGCUCUAAAGAGUAAAACUGACCAAGCAUUAAAAUCGCUUUCAGUAUCAGAAAGUGAGAAUAUAAUUCAAGAUUUUAUGAAUACAAGUGCAUUGUCAUAUUGUGGAAUAUGUCUUUCACCAAUCAAUCCACUUGAUGGUCAAUGCAUUAAUGAUCGUGUUAAUGAGUCAACCACUUCUCCUUCUAUCCCCUCCCCACCUCAUCGACAAGCAAUUCAUCAUUUGGCACAUAUUAAUUUAGCUGGUUGCUAUUAUCAUAUUUCAUGUGCUAAUUUUUGGAUGAAUCGUGUUGACCUGUGCUUGCCAGCUCUUAAAUUACCAUCAAUAUCUUUGCGAUAG